ACGCGGAGACAGAGAGACAAGCCGAGGAGGAGCUCCGCCGCCUCACGCCGGUCCGCGUCAACGGGAGGCAGUUAGGCGCACUUGGAUUACCGGACAGUCAACCGUCACCUCUCGUAGCGGCUCCACACCGGCGGCCUGCUGCUGCCCCGCGCGCUCAUUCAUCUCAUUAAAAAAAAUAGGCAGACACCUGAUUAAAAAGCCGCUUCGGUGGAAGCAUUUGAUUCAUUUAUUUAUUAUGGGUUUUAUCUCCGUGGAUGCAAAAAAAAAAAAAGUUUUUUUUUUUCUCGGCGCCGGGUUAAUUAGGAGCGCAGAAUCUGCGAGUUGGUCCCAGAGGACGGAAACCGGCGGGCUGCUGUGAACCUCCUCAGCAUCUGUCACCGGAGCGGCUGCUUCCAGAACCCGCUGAAGGAGCACGUGGAUUGGCGUGAAUCCAGCAGCACACGUUUCCUUUCUAGCCAGCCCGCGUGUGCAAAAGAGUACCGAUAAGGAAUAGAGUUGAGCUGAACCCUGUUGAACUCCUCAGCGGAGUGCAGCUCAAGCAUCUGAGAUUUGCCCGUGAGAAGAAGAUAUGAAGUUAGCAGACUCACUUUGGAUGCUUUGGUUUCUCCUGGUGCGCUGGGUGGCGGGAGGCCCCGAGUCACUCUCACAUCCAUCACUCAUGCCUGGACACACAGGGACAACUGGACACGGUGUGACGCCGAGAGAGGGUCAAUACGAUUGUCUUCGGCCGUCCCAAAAAGACUUCCGAGACAACAGAACCGGUACCUUCUGUGGACGCAUGUGGGAUGGUUUAUUGUGCUGGGAUGAGACCCCAGCUGGGACAUCUGUAACACAAAACUGUCCAGAUCACCCUGACCGGGACUCGACCGAGAAAGUGACCAAAUAUUGUGCCGAAUUGGGUAACUGGGUUCAGAUUGGGUCCACUUGUCAACCGGCUUCAAAGAACCAACUAGAGACGGAAGUUCCCUAUUACUUGAAGCCGGCCACCGGGGUCACCGGGGUUAAUGCAGAAACCGAUGGUGUUGUGGAUAAAAUGAUCCGUGAGAAUGAAAAUAAAUGCUCUGAAAAAAUGAGGCAAGAUCCACCUUAUAACAAAUCGUCUCACACUGGGCUGUUCUGCAGUCGUAACUGGGACGGGUGGCUCUGCUGGGACGACACGCCAGCGGGAACCAACGCCUCCAAAAGCUGCCCCAAUUAUUUUGGUGACUUUGACCCCACAGAGAAGGCGACCAAGUACUGUGAAGAAGAUGGUGAGUGGUUUCGUCACCCAGUGUCCCUUCAAAUCUGGACCAACUAUACACUCUGCACGACCAUCCAUGAGAAGAGACGGGGGAAACUGCAAAUGCUUGAGAAUGAGCACUCUUGCCACCAGAAGAUGAUUCGAGACCCACCUUUUAACAAAUCAGAGCGGCACUGCGGUCGUAACUGGGACGGCUGGCUGUGCUGGAACGACACUCCGGCGGGAACCUUGGCCUCCCAAAACUGUCCAGAUCAUCUGUUCAACUUUGACCCCAUGGAAAAGGCCACUAAGUACUGUGGCGAAAACGGGCAGUGGUUCCAACAUCCAGAGAGCAAUAAGACUUGGACUAAUUAUACACUCUGUGCUGGCAACACCGAGGAGAGGUCGAAGGCAGCCACGCAGCUCUCGGGGGACACCGAAGUAGAGUCGGCCGAGGAGGCCACGGUCGGCCCGGCGGGUAACCCAGAGCAACAGGAGAUCGUGAGCAAGAAAAUCCUUGACAGCCAGUACAAAUGCUUUGAGAAAAUGAAUCGGGACGUCCCUUACAACAAAUCAGGGUUGCACUGCAGUCGUAACUGGGACGGCUGGCUCUGCUGGGACGACACCCCGGCGGGAAUUUACACCUCUCAGAACUGCCCCAACUAUUUUGUCGAUUUCGACCCGACAGAAAAAGCUGCCAAGUACUGUGGGGAGGACGGGCAGUGGUUUCGGCACCCAGAUACCAACAGGACUUGGUCCAACUACACACUCUGCAACGAAAACACUAAAGCAAAGCUGAAGUCGGCGUACAUCCUGUUUUACAUGGCAAUUGUAGGUCACGCUUUAUCCAUAGCCUCCCUGCUCAUCUCUUUGGCCAUCUUCUUCUACUUCAGGAGUCUGAGCUGCCAAAGAAUCACCCUCCACAAGAACCUGUUCUGCUCCUUCGUGCUCAACUCGGCCCUCACCAUCAUCUACCUGGUGGCAGUGGUCAAUAAUCCUCCAGUGGUUGCCAGGAACCCGGUUGGCUGUAAAGUGUUGCACUUCUUACACAUGUACAUGCUUGGCUGCAAUUAUUUCUGGAUGCUCUGUGAAGGCAUCUACCUGCACACGCUCAUCGUGGUGGCCGUGUUUGCAGAGGAGCAACAUCUGCACUGGUACUACCUCCUGGGCUGGGGCUUUCCUCUCGUGCCGGCAUCCAUCCACGCCGUGGCAAGGAAAAAGUAUUUCGACGACAAUUGUUGGAUGAGUGUGGAAACCCAUCUGCUGUACGCCGUGCACGGGCCCAUAAUGGCAGCGCUUCUUGUGAACCUGUUCUUCUUGCUAAAUAUUAUUAGAGUGUUGGUGACCAAGUUGAGAGACACUCACCGGGCAGAGUCCAAUAUGUACAUGAAGGCAGUGAGAGCCACUUUGAUCCUGGUGCCCCUGCUGGGAAUACAGUUUGUCAUUUGUCCCUGGAGGCCGGAGAACCGCCUGGCCGGCGAGGUCUACGAGUACAUCAUGCACAUACUCAUGCACUACCAGGGAUUACUGGUGGCAACAAUAUUCUGUUUCUUCAACGGAGAGGUGCAAGCCACGCUGAAGAGGCAGUGGAUGCAGUACAAAACCCAGUUGGGUCAGAGACGAAAGGACCACUGCUCCAUGCGCUCCGCCUCCUACACAGCCACCUCCAUCACAGAGGAACCCGCUUUCAUGUACCACCACGACUGCAACAGCGAACACUUGAACGGGCGCCGAGCGGAGGACUCUGAACUGGUGGCACUGAAGCUGGGAGACAUGUACGCUUGAGCCAGUAGGGAGGAUGAGGAGCGGGGGCGGGAGCUGCCCGACGAAGAGCUAGAUGGAGAUGUACCUCAGUGGCUGAUCCCCCCCCCCCCUUCCCAAAGCACCGGGACGCAGGUCCUGGUACGACGAGCUCAUUGGAUUAGCUUCACGGCCGACCUUUAAAUCGACUUUACUUCGUCCUUGCGGCCUCGUUUUCCCGAGAACUGCGAUGUCGAGAGCUGGUGGCGCGGGAGGAGAGCUGCUUCUGACGUGUGUCACAAACUAGAAGCUGCUAAGAACUGUUGUGAGCGCGCUCGCAGUGUGCCGGAGGCUUGUGCCGGAGUGGAGGCAGGAAUAACUGUGAUGAAGGCGGCGGUGAGGACGGUGUUUGGUGUUUUUUGAUGGUGUGAUGAUGAUCAUUUCUAAGGUAAAGUAGGAGAAACAUUCCUUCCGAACCCUCGCCUGUACCGAGGAGUACACACUUAAUCUACAAAUCCCACAAACCUCAUCUCACGAUCGCGAUAGAGGUCCAAUUUGGCUCUGGAAUUGUGUACAUAAUAUUUGUUUCAUUUUGUUUAUUAUUCUUGCCAACUACUAAGUGUGUGUCCUGCGAUCGUCGGCUGCACCACCAACUGCUUUGUGUUUUUUGCGGUCGCUCUAAUCACACAGAAGCCAAAAGAAGCUAAAUGCACACAAUACAUUUAAUAUUAAAAACUGUAUUUUUAUGUUGAACAACCGCUAGUGUUGUUUCACCGCACACGACUUAAGUAUGCUAUCAUUUGUGCCAAUGGUUCUGACAAACAAGCACUUUCUUUGCAGGGUGCAAGCUGCACAGAUUUUAUUCACGAUAAUCCUUUAUCAUGUACAAGAGGCCUUUAGUCGAUCCCCAUUUUAUUUUACUUUUCUAUUACUUCAUCUGCGCAGGUUUAUGCAGGAAUAUGGUAGCAUUUUCAGGAAUAACCGUCCUGAGCAAAGUGAAAAAUGACAUUCUGUAAACACAGAGUCAACAUGUUCACAUAUUGCUCACAAUUCUGCACAGACAGCAGAUGUUGAUAACCUACUAUCUGUCCCAAACACCUCCAUGUUACUCUGGUGCCAUUUUGGUUGUUGCUUUAUCCCAAAUGUGCAAUAGGAUUUUUGAUGAUGUAGUUUAGCGUCGAUGGCCAUAAUCUAUGGCUUGCUUUGUAUCACUAUUUUUUUAAAUCACUUGUUUUGCUAAAAGAGGUUUUGCUUCUAAACUGCACAUUUAUUAGCACUCAUUGAAAUUCAGCCAGGUACAUUUGUUAGCCGUAAGCAUACUGUCAAUAAAGCCUCCAGCUGACUCUUUGUUUAUGUGCUAAAAUACACAAAGAAUGUGCAUCUUUGAGGGAAGGGAUAUUUUUUUUCCUGUUAAAGGCAACAAAUCUAUAAUGUUCUAUAAGUGCAUUUAUUUUUUCUAGUAAUCGUUACCCAAACAAGAGCAUAUAGUGUAUUUGUUGGGGGAAUACUUUUUCUCCUGUGGAUAUUUACAGCAGCAGGACAACGUACCAGAAAGAACCACGCGCUAACUUAUAACGAUAAAAACACCACAAGAAGGCUUUGUUUGCAAAAAUAGGUUGAGAUGCUUUUAUCCGCUGUGGUCGUCCACAGCAAAAAGACAAAAUUCUACAUGCAUUUCACAACAGACGUGUUGUGUAGAAUUGACUCAGAAAUUAUGUACAGUGCACCAAAAAUACAACACUUCAUCGUUGUUUUUUCAUUGGCUUUGCUAGUAAAAAAAAGAUAAAAAUAUCUUCACACUUUUUAGAAUAAUUUUAAACAUGAGAUGAGACGCUUUGUUCUGAUCACAGACUCACUAGAUUCACUCUACAUCGGGGCUCGUAUGUUAUUAUCUGUUGGAUGACUGGCCGUUGUACGUGAUUAUUUCUAUUCAUCAUCAUUGUCAACUGGAAUAACAAGAUUUGUGUGGGACAUUAGAGGAUUAUCAUGAAGUACAGUUUAAAAUGUGUUCUUUCCAUGCAGAGUGAAGCUGAUACAAUCUGCACAUUUAGUGAGAACGAGGCUCUGAGGUUGAUCUUUACAGUAUUUUAUUAAACUCAAUUGUAAUUGGCUUUUUAAUCAUCAUUAAUCUAUAUUCAACUAUAUUUUAAAAAUACAUGGUGCUUUAUGCUUUGACAAUAACCAGAUAUUAGCGCUAUACAAAAAAGAAAAUCCCCAAUAAAUAUACAAGGGAGGUGAACCACUGCGAGCCAACAACAUUGAAUUGGUCUAAUUAAAUGAUCAAAUCAUAUCAAACCAGUUAUAAGAGGAUGCAGCUCUUUACAGGACGUGAGCUUCCACAUUCCUGUGGGAAACCCAUUAGCCCGACUACCUGAAAGCAGCUGGUUCUCAUUUUGUAGCGUAAUUCAACAUUCCUCUUAAUUCCUGCUGAACAAAAAAAAACUAUUGCAAUAUUAUAUUUUGUUUACUCUUUUGUUGCGAACCAUGAGGAAGAAACGGAGACAAUCAAUGUUAGAGACUGACAUCGUCCUACGAUGAUGGAAGGGUUUGCUUUCCCUUUCCCUAAUUUGAAAGUGUCUUAUUUAUUUUGUAUGAAUCUUAUCUUUAUCACGGUGGUUUGUUACACUGUUAAACAUAAUGUACUAUUGAUCUUUUGGGUUUCGGGGAAGACAGAUUCUGUAUAUUUUGUAUAUUGAUGCCAUGUAAAUACAAGCAGACGCCGUGUCUAUGAAAGAUUUUUGCACUGUGAAAUACUCUGACAGCUAUUUUUGUUAUGUUCCUGUCAUUUAUUUUGGCUUGUGUUGGUCUCCUUCUCCCUCCCAGCUGGGCCCCGCAUCAUCUCAAAGCUGAUUAAAAAAAAAUGCAUUUUGUAAAACCAAA